UCUCCUCACACAAUUGUCAAUUCUGCAACCCCCCCCCCCAAAAAAAAAAACUCAAUUUCUCAUCUCUGAUCUAACAAUGGCAGGAAUCAUCCACAAAAUUGAAGAGAAACUCCACAUCGGAGGUGGCCAUAAGGAAGAAGAACACAAAAAAGAGGAACACAAGGGAGAAGGACACAAGAAGGAUGAGCAUAAGGAAGGAUUUGUUGAGAAGAUAAAAGAUAAGAUCCAUGGAGAAGAAAGUGGAGAGAAUCACAAGGAUGGAAAAGAGAAGAAGAAGAAGAAGAAAGACAAAAAGGAGAAGAAACAUGACGGACAUGAUAGUAGCAGCAGCAGCGACAGUGAUUAGAUCUGAUCGGAUUAAUUUACUAUCUAUCUUGUGUUUAACUGCUUUCUAUUUGAUUUGUGAAUGUACUCUGUUUAUGAAUGCGAUGAUAUUAUAAUAAGGAAAAGGUACUUUGUCAUUUAGAAUUGAUAUAUUUCUUGUUAUUAAAGUGGCUCAUAUAUACCUUAUUUGUAAACAAAUGGUUCACAUAUACCUUUUUCUCAUAUGAGUAAA